CGAUUCCUGAAGCCACGAGAAGCGAGGGAAAGAGACGAGUCACCUGAAAACCAUGGCCGAUACCUCAAAGCAUGAGCAACAAGGGCUUUUACCACCUAUUGAUAUUACUAGGUCUCGGUUUAAUUUGAACACGUAUUACGGUCGACUUCGACAUUUUAUCACUAUCACUUCACCUCUCACUUUACUUCGUUCUGAAAAUGAUCUUAGACGGGCUCAAAAUUUAUUGAAAGAUUACGCUUCAGGAAAUCGGUCAGACCUAGAUGAAUCGGUGACAACCCAAGAACAAAUUUGGGAGGCCAAGCAACUCGUCGAAUCCUCACUUCAUCCGGAUACCCAUGAGCCAAUUCCAUUACCCUUUCGACUUUCAGCCUUUGUGCCCACUAACCUCGUCAUAGCCACUGGACUCCUUCUUCCAAACCCGUCACUCGUUUCGAUAAUAGGCUGGCAAUGGGCAAAUCAGACCUUGAAUGUAUGCCUCAACUAUGCCAAUGCGAACAAGUCAACUAGCCUAAGUUCGCGUGAGCUGGGGACAGCUUAUGUUGCUGCUACAGCAACCUCAGUUGGACUUGCUGUUGGUCUAAGUCGAUUAGCUAGGAGGGCAGCUACUGGAAGCAUGAUUGGUCGAUUUGUGCCUUUUGUGGCUGUAGCUUCGGCUGGUUGUGUAAACGUGGGUUUGAUGCGUUGGAAAGAGAUUCAAGAUGGGAUCGAUGUUUUUCCUCCAGAUAUAGAGUCUCCACAAUCAUUAGGAAAAUCAAAAACAGCAGGACUACAUGCUGUCAGUCAAACAGCUGCUUCACGAGUUCUGACUAACAUUCCUACUCUUAUCAUUCCGCCACUUGUGAUUGCUGCUCUCCAAAAACGUGGGACGUUUGGAGGUCCACGAGGCAAAGCUCUAGAAUUGAUUACUAAUCUUGGCUUGGUCGGUGGUUCACUCUUUCUUUUCCUCCCGCCUGCCAUAGCUGCUUUUCCUCAACGGGCAACAAUCUCAGUUUCACGCCUAGAGCAAGAAUUUAAAGGGUUGGUCAACCCGCAUACAGGAUCACCUUAUACUACAGUUGAAUUCAACAAAGGUCUAUAGACUGUUUUAUCAAUCCUCUUGACAUUAGGUAGCAUUUGGUCAAUUGGAUGAUUUAUAUUCCAAGUUUUGAAUUUAUGCGAUUAAGAUAAGCUAGGACAUGGAAUUUAUGACCGAACCUGAGAACAAAAAAGCGAUGGUAAUUUGUUUGCUUUGUUCAUGCUUUGUUUCAGAAAGUGAUUGAUCAUGGGGGCUCAACUUGUGAUUAUCACACCUCAUCACUCCUCUCUUUGUUCAUGGCCUAUUCACCACAUCCUUUCUCCGCUAGGUCGUCAAGCUCAUGUAUAUGCCUAAUCAAUAUGCUCCAGGACUCAUAAGUAGCUAGAAAAGGAGGUAUGCAUGGUUGGCUCCAAUACAAUGAAAAUCAUCUCAAGGUGUCUCAAGUAUGAUAUUC